GACAAACUUGGUCGUGCAAGAGCAAGUAGCAGAGCAAAGAGUUUGUGUGGCUAGUGUCAUCAAUGGAGCUCUCGAUCUCGCAAUCGCCACGUCUUCGAUUCUCGUCUGCGUCGCCUCGUUUCUCAGCAGCUUCUCAUCAUCAUCAUCAUCGACCUUCGGUGCAUUUAGCUGGGAGGCUUUUAACCCGUCAUAAAGAUGAUGCCUUUACGAGCUUAUCAAGUUCGUGUAUGCAGUCGAAACUUGUCUCAACUAAUUAUAGAAAAAUCUCGAUCCGGGCAUGUUCUCAGGUCGGUGCUGCUGGUUCGGAUCCAGUUCUGGAUAGAAUCUCCCGUUUCCAGAACGCUUGCUGGAGAUUUCUUAGGCCACAUACGAUCCGUGGAACUGCUUUAGGAUCAACUGCCUUGGUGGCAAGAGCGUUGAUAGAGAACACUCAUCUUAUCAAGUGGAGUCUAGUACUAAAGGCACUUUCAGGUCUUCUUGCUCUUAUAUGUGGAAAUGGUUAUAUUGUUGGCAUCAAUCAGAUCUACGACAUUGGUAUUGACAAAGUGAACAAACCAUACUUGCCAAUAGCAGCAGGAGAUCUCUCAGUGCAGUCUGCGUGGCUGUUGGUGAUAUUUUUUGCAAUUGCAGGGCUGUUAGUUGUAGGAUUCAACUUUGGUCCAUUCAUUACAUGCCUAUACACUCUUGGCCUCUUUCUUGGGACAAUCUAUUCUGUUCCACCACUUAGAAUGAAAAGAUUUCCAGUUGCAGCGUUUCUCAUUAUCGCCACGGUUUUCAGAGGUAGCUUGAUGAUUCCUGCACAUAUGAUCUUGGCUUCAUGCUUGAUAUUCCAGUAUGGUGAACACUUACAGUUUUCUUUGUAUAUCUCUCUCUCUCUCUCUUCUUCUUUGUUGCUUGGAGUCGAAAUCAGUUUGUUCAUGUACAUACUAAGAGGAUACUUGUCCCUUUUUGAAAUCUUGCAAUAAUAAUUAACCAAUACCAGUAUGCAAAACAUUGGUUA